CAUUAGUGACAAUGCAAAACGAUCAGUGAUAAAUUACAGUGAUAAACAAUAAAAAUGUUAGAAAAAUUAUAGUUUUAUAUUAAAUUUCAGAAAUGUAGACAAACACGGAGCCCACGUGGUUCAGCUCCCAAUGCCUGGACCACCAGACGUAUGCUGUGCCAUCACUAACAGCUGGAUCGGAGUAUGUACUAUACUCUUGCUCACGACUACAACUGUUAUCACCGGAUAUGUUUUCCGAAAACGUAGAUCUUCCAUACUGAAGAGCCAGCGAGCACCGCGCACUCCUCUCACGGAGCUGGAGCUCAAUGUGGCUACGCCGCCUGAUACCACCAAGAGCCGACGCGUCAGCUUUUCGCGACGUACCGGCGUAGCUGAAUUCAUAACAGAUGAAGCAACAAACACAUGGAAGACUUUUUACGUGGAACAAAAUAAAUCAAUGGAAUCCUCAUUAAAUGAUUCCGCAAAGAAUCCACCGAAACAAACAGUAGGACAUUUGGGCAAGAGAAUAUUUGAAGAACAAUUUCAUGAAGAAGAAUUUUAUAAUUUCGGUAGCAUUAUAACAUUAAAUAAUCCAAUAGCACAAGAAUUAAACAUGUCUUUACGUGGAAAUUUAACACAACAGUUUGCAGCAUUGGAAGAUGAUUUAGAUGAUAAAAAUCUAGCAGUUCCAAAGAGUGAUUUUGAAUUAAGUUCACUAACGGAUCAUAAGAGUAAGAUAUUUGUAGAUGAUGUCACAAAUCCGAUGCUAACUGAAAUGUCCAACAAGAUUAAUAUAAAUUUCUCAUCUCUGGAACCGGUUGGUGCAUCUAAAAAUAAAUGUUACGAUUUAGACGAGAUCGAAAAAGAUUUAUUAAUACCUAGAAAUAAUUUAAAUAGACCGUUUAGUACAAUGAAUUCAGAACAAAUUGAAUUUGAUAUUAACACUAAACCUAUCGGAUUUAGAUGCGAAGAAUUUGACAUGUCUAUAACAGACACAGUACGAAAUCAAGUCGAAGAAGUAUUACUCAAUUAUAAAACAACAGAUAAGAUAUCUAAUUUAGAAAAUGAUUGGACGUUAGAUAAAGAGAAUAUUGCCGUUAAUCCUUACGUAACACCAAAAGAAAGUAUAAAUUUCGCUAUAAAUGAAACACCAAAUCAAAUAUUAGUAUUUGAUGGUAAAAGAUUAACUAUACAAUCGGAAAAUAAAAAUAAUUUCAAUCAAAAAGAUUUUAAUAAAACUCUAUCCCAUGAUAUAUCAGAUCGACCUCCGCAAAGAAAAACUAUUGUCCUUAAUUUGAAUGAUGAUUUACCUAAUUUUAUAGAUGUACCUGCAGCAUCCAGUGCGUCUGUUGGAUCAAUGAGUGACCAGAAACAUAAUGAUUUUUCUCUAAAUUUAAUGUCUAACAAAAGUGAUUUGUCAAAUUCAAGAAAAACAAUAAUUUACGAUAAUGGUGAUAUAGGUAACAUAUCUGUAACACAAGCUAUUAUAACGAAUAUAUUAUUAGAAAAAGAAAAAAGAAAAACUAUUGUCUUUGAAGAUAAUGGUCAUUUAUCUAUGACACAAGCAUUACCUUCUAAAAUUGUCCCACAAAAUAAAACUGUUCUUUACGAUGUUGAUAACAUAUCAAUAACUCAAGCUGUACCAAUGAAUUUAUUACUCCAUAAUAAAUCUAUCUCAAGUAAAUCUGUAGCAACAUCUCAAUGUGAAUUAGACUUAUCUUUCACUCAAGCUGUUCCUCAAAAUGUGUUGAUUUCAAAUAAAUCAAACGAAUCUAAUAAAAGAAAUACGAUAGUAUUUGAUAAUGAAAAAGCUGACAUAUCAAUAACAAGAGUUUUACCAUCAAAUAUACUUAUUUCUGAUAAUAAUAAUCCAAAUAAAAUAGCAGAUGUACAAAAUCUAUCAGAAAUCAUCAGAGAUAGUUUUAAUAAAGAAAAUGUACAAAGUAACACAAUAAUUUCUGAUAUAAAAGUUUCUAAAGAUCAUUGUAACAUACCCGAAACUAAUAUACCAAAUAAUGAAAAAGAUAUCGACAACACAGAGAGAGAAAACGAUAGAAGAUUGUCUUAUAAAAGUGAUGUUAUCACCAAUAUGUCGACUGAUUCACCAAAUGAUAUAUUAAUCGAUAAUCUGACUGCAGUAAAAAGUGAUGAGGAUAACGUAUGUGACAUAUCAAUGACUCAAGUUAUUACAUCUAACAUAAUAUUAGAACAGAAGGAAAUUUUAAAACAAAAAACAUCCAUACAUGAACCUACUAAACUACUAAAUAAUAUAAACACGUACAGUGCAGAUCUAGGAAAUAUUACAUCACAGCAAAUAUCUAGAAAAAGUCUUUGUCAGUAUUCAGAUAAACAAGUUAUGAAUAUAAAAGAUAACAUAACUCAGGAACCUUCAUUAAAGUUGGAACAUUCCAAAACUUAUUCUGACAUGUCCAUAACGCAAAUAUUACAAUCAGAUGAAAUACCACGGAAAAGUAUACCCAAAAGAGGCACUAUAGUUUUUGAUAAUGAUGAAAUGGGAGAUAUAUCUGUUACUCGUGUUAUUCCAACAAAUAUUAUAUUAAAUGAAAACAAAUCUAAUAAAGACAAUACGUUAUUGAUAUUUGAAAACGUAAAUAUCGAUCCACUGUCGUCUGUGUCUGCGAGUGAAGGUAUGCUGACAAAAUCUGAAGACAAUAUGCCAUCAAAAAUUAAUACAUCUAAUAUUGAUAUCCUAGUGCCUACAGAAACGACAAAAGCGAGUAUUAAUAUUGAAGAUAACCACAUAUAUAAAAAUUCAAUAGCAUCAAGAACUUUACAGGAAGCUAAAGAAGAAUUACAGAAAACCAUAGUUGAAAAUGAUAACGAUAACAAAGAUAUGUCCAUUACAAUGAUGUGUCACGACCAUACAAAGUUAUCCGAACACGACGAGACAUUACUUAAAUCUAUGAAUUACAUUGAUUGUGUUGAUCAAAAAUUAGAAACGCAAAGUCUCAAAUCAACAACAGAACACAAACAUAAAGAUGUAUUCGUAUAUCAAGCUGUAACGACACAUAAUGUUUCAAAACACCAAGGAUUAAGAACAGAACAGGGUGAUGUUAAAAGCGAUAGAACUAUAAAUAAAUAUGAAGAUACAACGAGGAAAUCAAAAUCCGGGAAAGAAAGCGAAGUAAGUCUGUUGAUACAGGAUGUAUCACAUUAUACAGAUGAUACGAAAACGGCAGAUGUGACGUCAUCAAAACAAAAUGAUAAAACGUCAAUAUUAAAUGAACUUUUGAACAUGUCAGGUGAAUCUUUGAACAUAUCAGUCGAUGGGAUGGAUGACAAAAAUGUAAUGGUAGGUCUAGAAUCUGAAAUCGCUUUAGGGAAAUUCGCCCAAGAUUGUAUUAUAAACGAAAAAAAGGUAGAACCGGCAAAAUCGAUUGAGCGUACUUCAGACGAAACAAAGGAAGACGUAACCAAGAAAUCUAGUCAUAAUUCAGAUCAUAAAGAAGUUCGAAGUUGUAUAAUACAACCAGAAAAUAUUCCUCGGCUACCGCUAAGUUUGAGUUAUGAAAAAGAAAAUGACUCACAAAUUAAGGAGAAAAAUUCUAAUUCUGAUACCAAAAGUGAUGAAAACUUAAAAUCACUUGAAAACAAAAUCGAUACCGAAGACAAAUACCCAAAAGAGGCAGACGAUACUAAAGAACUACUAGAAAUGUUGACGGAUUUCACAGAUAAAACUUUGCCUAACCAACCGGAGCUGGAUACGUGUAAAUCAUCAAAAGAAAUUAUCGAUGUCCCUAUUGAAAUGCAAGAAAAAACUGACGUAGAAACUAGUUACAGUAAAGAAAGUUGUGAUAAACAACAGAAUAUUGAAAUACCAAAGUCAUCACAAGAAGCGAUGGAAGGCAUAGAGAGUGAAGACUAUUUUACUAAUGAUGCGACAGACGAAGACACAGAUGAUGUAUAUAAAGAGGUCAAUAUACGUCGUAAAUCAGGUCACGUGAGCAGAGAUGUUGUAAAAACAUUACAAUUCGACGAAUCUAAUGAUGAAAUUAAAUGCAAUUCAAAUUCAACUCCAUUAAAAAAGAUCGCUCCAGUCGAUAUAUCUGAAUCAAAGGAUAGCAAAGCUAAAGUCAUUCCUACAUUCUUGAAUGAUGUCCCAGAAAGCCUCAAAUCUUUAAUGCAGGAUCUGGUUAAGCCGUCUGCGGAUCUGAUGCCUUUCCAUGUGCCAGGUGUUGAUAGGAUAAAUAGAAAAUCCAACGCGACAGAUAACAAAGAGUUGCAAACGAAUAUAAUCACAUCUAGUCAAAUAGAUAUCAUCGAUAUAAAUUCGUAUCCAGUAUCAGAAUCCAAUAUAAUAUUAGCUCGUCGACAUGAUGACGAUGAUGUUCAACAUACAGCUACAGAUGUUGCCACUACUGUCGAUUCUGAUGUAGACUGCCACGUGCACAACGAGAAAAAAACUAAACAAGUGUUAAUAUUUGAUCAUAAGAAUCCUUUAAAUAAUGUUAUCUUAUGUCCAUCCGGUAAAACAGAUAUUCACAGAUAUUCACCCAGAAAAUCAGAACCACCUAAUUCCGGACCUGGUAAAAACGAUUUUAAAACAUCACCACGUAACUCCUUUUUAGAAGAACAAAUAAAAGAGGCUAUGGAUAUACAAAGAAUUUCUACGCAUUACAACUUUGAUACAAAUGAUGUUCAUUUAGAUAAAUUUAAUAAUACUAUACGUGAAAACUCUGAUGAAUCCUAUGAUAAAAUCGGUGGUGAAAUUUACUUAGACACGCAAAAUCGUCACGCCAGUACAACUGCUCAGGUUAACACAUUAAUAGCUAUGAAAUGUAACAAAGAUCUACUACAAGCCAGCUCAUCCCUUACUCUAGUCGACGAGGAAACAGAUAGCGGAAAUAAAAUCAGAUCACCUGUCAAGCCAGUGAAGGCAUCACCUGUUAAAGUUAUAUUCAAACUGAACGAUGCUGAAAAUAAUGUUGAAUCGAGUUUGGAAUUGAGCGACGUUGAUUCCUCUAGAGCCCAGAAGAGGAACUACCACCGCGCUAAAUAUGACCAGUACAAAGUAUGCGUCGCCGACAUCACACCUAAACCACUUAGCAAGAUGCAGAAGUUAUCCUCAAGUCCGAGACAUGGUGAAAACUAUAGGACGGAAACCAAUAAAUCCUUUAACAAGCCAUUUAAAAAUGAACCAGGUAAAAGAUGUGUCAAAACUAACCUUCUGAACAAUACAAAACCUAGAGUGAGGACAACGGCAAUAGUACAGCACGUAACAGUAUGCAAAUUGAAUGAGGAGGACAAAGAAAAAUUUUUACACCCAGUUGACGAUUUAGAAUCGAGUUCCUGUAGUACGUUGAAGACCGAGACGAUAUCCCGUAAGGAUUUGAAGGAUUGCACGAGCACCGAGCUGACGUCCUUCACUAGCAGUAACGCGAUGAAAGAGAUGGAGUAUAUGCCGAGCCUGGUGACAGUGGCGGACUCGCAGGAAACUGUCGGCGCGCGCAGCGACCGCACCGACACCGACGAUUGUAGUGACGUCAUGAGCCAGAUUGAAUCCCUCUCUUUCAUGGGCAGUAGGGAGUGCGAGUGUGAGGGGUGUGAGCCGGACGCGUGGCGCUUCCUGUUGCUGCGCCGGCGGCUGCGGCUGACGGUGCGCGUGGCGCGUGACGUCACAGACCUGCCGCCCCCCGCCCCUACCUCACCUCCUGCACGAACCGACGCCCCACUCAUCAGCAUCACCAUAGAGCCAGUGCAUCAAGAGUCGGAUGCUGUGGCGUGCGCGAGCGUGCGGCUAGCCUGUGAGGCGAUGCGGUACGAGUGUGUGCGGUGCGGUGGAGGGCGCGGUGUGGGCGCGCUUUUGCGCCGGUGUGUGGGCGUGGGACGUGCCGCCGCACGCUGGGCGCGUCUCAUGGCCGACGCCCGCGCCCACCUCGCCUUCACGCUUGCACAUUGCGGCAAAAUACUGCUCACUGUGGCGAAUUUCCAUACGCGGCGUGUUUGGCAAGUGACGCUGCGCAUCGAGCUGGUGGUAGAAGACGCACGUGAGUUGGCUUGGCCGCGCGCCAGUCACGUGACAGUGCGCGACGUGACCCCCGGCACGGGGGGUACACCCGCCGGUGACGACAAUACUGCACCCCCCGCACCAGAUGUGCGCCGCGUGCUGGCGCGCGUGCCACAUGACUGGGGACACGUGCCCAGGACGAUAUGGAAAAUCUUCAGACAUUUGAAAAAUAAAACAGAGGACGAUGAACUUUUUUGGCCUCCACAAAGUCGAUAACAUUAUAUUCAAAUUGUUGGAUAGACUGAUUUUAAUUAAGAUGUGUUUAAUUUCUAAACAUAUGUUUUGGAUAACUUUUAAAGAAAAAAAUAAUGUAAUUUUUGUACGUAGAUAGAAAUACAUUUCUGAAAUAUCCAAUAAUAUAUAAAAAUAAGGA